UUGAACUUCCGGUGCCGCUGCUUCCGGCCCGGAAGAGCUGUGUCAGGGUGCAGGCAUAGGGCAAGAUGGCGGCUGCAGCUGUGGUCGAGUUUCAGAGAGCUCAGGAAAUGCUGGGGACCGACAGAGCGGCGAGUAUAGACAUCCUGCAGUCUAUCGUCAAGCGAGAUAUCCAGGAAAGCGAUGAGGAAGCGGUACGCGUCAAGGAGCAGAGCAUCUUGGAGCUGGGGGGGCUUCUAGCCAAGACCGGACAGGCUGCAGAACUCGGUGGUCUCCUGAAGUAUGUGCGUCCCUUCCUCAACUCCAUCAGUAAGGCCAAAGCAGCCAGACUGGUGCGGUCUCUGCUGGACCUGUUCUUAGAUAUGGAGGCUGCGACUGGACAAGAGGUGGAGCUUUGUCUGGAAUGCAUUGAAUGGGCCAAGGCUGAGAAGAGGACCUUUCUACGCCAAGCACUGGAGGCUCGACUUGUUUCUCUGUAUUUCGACACUAAACGCUACCAAGAGGCAUUGCAGUUAGGGUCACAGCUUUUACGAGAGCUGAAAAAGAUGGAUGACAAAGCCCUUUUGGUGGAAGUUCAGCUCUUGGAGAGCAAGACCUACCAUGGCCUUACUAACAUACCAAAAGCCAGAGCAGCACUCACGUCUGCACGUACUACAGCCAACGCCAUCUAUUGCCCACCCAAGCUUCAGGCUGCCCUGGACAUGCAGUCGGGGAUAAUCCACGCAGCAGAAGAGAAGGACUGGAAAACGGCUUACUCCUAUUUCUAUGAGGCAUUUGAGGGCAAUGAUUCUAUUGACAGUCCCAGAGCUAUAACAGCACUGAAAUACAUGCUGCUGUGCAAGAUCAUGCUGAACACACCAGAAGACGUGCAGGCCUUGGUGAGCGGAAAACUGGCCCUUCGUUACGCUGGGCGGCAGACAGAAGCACUGAAAUGUGUAGCCCAGGCCAGCAAGAACCGCUCACUUGCCAAUUUUGAGAAGGCACUGACAGAUUACAAAGCAGAGUUACGGGAUGACCCCAUCAUUAGCACUCAUCUGGCCAAACUGUAUGACAAUUUGUUGGAACAGAACCUUAUCCGAGUCAUUGAACCUUUCUCCAGAGUACAGAUUGAUCACAUAUCCAUUCUCAUCAAACUGCCAAAGCCUGAGGUAGAACGCAAGCUUUCCCAGAUGAUCCUAGACAAGAAAUUUCAUGGUAUCCUAGAUCAAGGAGAGGGGGUCUUGAUAAUUUUUGAUGAGCCUCCUGUAGAUAAGACAUAUGAAGCUGCUCUGGAAACUAUUCAAAACAUGAGCAAAGUGGUGGACUCUCUGUACAACAAGGCCAAGAAACUUACAUAGGCCAUCUGAAAGCGUCAGCUCUUGAAGAAGCAGAACAGGAGCAGUGGACACCUCUCUUCCUCAUGUGGGAUGGUGGGAAAGGGGCAGGGGGCGCUCAAGGGAAUCCUUUUUUUCUUUUUUUUCCAUCCCUCAACAUAUUUUCUUGUCACCAAAUGAUUUUAAAGUUCCAUUUAUGGGUACCCCGUAUUAGCACUUGAGCCCCUUCCAGGUUCUGGGUCAAAUGCAACAUUUACUGACUGUCCACUCUCAGCCAUCCCAAGUCCUGGGGUUUGGGUAGAACAUUUUUUUGCUUGUUUUAUAGGUAUUAUUUUUUUCUGUGUAUUUAUCAGGAGUGGGGAUGCUGGGAGAGUCUGCUAGAGCUUAGCCGGGGCCCCCAGGAGCACACAUAUAAUAGCACUCUACUGCUCUGUGUCCUGUGUGUCAUACACCGGCUUAUAGGAGCCUGGAAGGGGGCUUGUAGGGGCUCAUGGUUCAGCUUCAUCAGGGAGCCUUCACUUCUGAUAAAUAAACGGGUUUGCUGCUUGCAGGGAUUUAAAAGUUACUGUCGCUGCUCCUGUUACCACUUCCAUAAGACGUGCCCCCAGCCCCGAUCAUGUCCUUUUUGGGUUUCAGUGUCCCACAAGAGGUGCACAAAUUCCACCCAGCUGACCAGAGUAUAUCUGAUGUUCAGAUGUGUUCCAAUAAAGAUCUUUUUUUUUCUUU